ACUCACUCACUCACUUACAUCCUGAUCAGCUUGGGCAAACAUGGACGUCUCCAACAACCGCCUCUUCCGAUGGUCCAAGCCUGAGUGGCUUAACAACUCCGCCGUCCGCAAUGCAGGCGUCUACACCUCCGGCGCACUGUUCUCCCUAGGCUUCUUCUUCCUCAUCGACGCGGCCGCCUUCUCGCACAGCGCCAAGAACGGCUCCAGCGUGCACGUGAAAUUCGUCGACUGGAUCCCCGGCAUCUGCUCGGCGCUGGGGAUGCUGGUGAUCAAUUCGAUCGAGAAGUCCCGGCUGCAUGCGGAUAGCUUCAGUUACAGCGGGAGUGGGGUCGCGUGGAAGGCGCGGUUUGUCUUGUUUCUGGGGUUCGCGCUGUUGGCCGGGGGGUUGGCGGGGAGUGUGACGGUCAUGGUACUCAAGUAUCUGAUCAAGUCGUACCCGUUUCCCACCUUGUAUUUUGGAAUCGCCAAUGUCAUUGCUAAUGGGUUGGUGAUGUUGAGUUCGGUGGUGCUCUGGGUUUCGCAGAACAUUGAAGACGAUUAUACCUAUAAUCUGGCUCUAUGAAUGAAGAUCAAGGGUUGGAGUGGAUGAAGAGGGAUAUAGUGGGUGGCUUUGCAGCGAG